AAAUUGGUGAAGAAACUAUUGAAGAAAUUGUUGAAGAAACUAUGGAAGAUAUUGUUGAAGAAACUAUAGAAGAUAUUGCAAAAAUUGCAAUAGCUAUAGAAUCCACAGAUAUUGCAGAAGAAGAACAGAUUGUAGAACAAUUUGAUAUUGAUAAUAAUUUAUAUUUAAAAUAUAUAAAUGACCAACUUAUCAA